AUGACUUCUCCCACCCAGUUCGCCGACAAGGUCAUCGCCCUCACCGGCGCAGCCUCGGGCAUAGGCCAAACCACUGCCUACGUCCUCGCCUCCCGCGGCGCCCGGCUCUCCCUGGCCGACGUGCAGCAGGAAGGCCUGGAGGCCACCAAAGCGGCCAUCGAAAAGGCGCACCCCGCCGCCGAGGUGAUGCUCUCCGUCGUCGACGUCCGCGACCACGCCGCCGUCGACAAGUGGGUGUCGGAGACCGUGUCGCGCUUCGGCCGGCUCGACGGCGCCGCGAACCUCGCCGGCGUCAUCCCCAAGUCCAUCGGCGUGGCGCCCCUCUCCGAGCAGGACUUGGGCGAGUGGGACUUUGUCACGGGCGUCAACCUCACGGGCGUUAUGCACUGCAUGCGGGCCCAGCUCCGCGUGAUUGCCGACGGCGGGAGUGUUGUUAAUGCGAGCUCGGUUGCCGGUAUCGCGGGGCGGCCGAGGAAUGCUGCGUAUGCGGCGAGCAAGCAUGGCGUGGUUGGGUUGACGAAGAGUGCGGCGAAGGAGGUUGGGGCGAGGCAGGUGAGGGUGAAUGCCGUCUGUCCGGGACGCAUCGAGACCCCCAUGCUUGCUAGUCUGGGCAACACUGAGAACGACCCCGGUGUUGCCCUGCAGAGAGCCGGUAAGCCGGAAGAGGUGGCCAAGUUGAUUGCCUUUUUGUUGAGCGAUGAAUCGACCUACGUUUCGGGCACCGCCAUUACCAUUGAUGGCGGAUGGUACUGCUAG